AUGUCGCGACAAUCAACCGAAGCGGCACCAAAGGCUUGCCGAACCCACACGGCUUUCGACGCACCCAAUUCAGCCAUGGACGACCACGGUAUUGAUCUGCAGCAGCGCUGCUUCUUCUUCAAGCCUCCUAUUGAGAUUCGCGAGCUCAUCUACGAAUAUGCUCUUGCACUGGACCCAACUCAAGAUCCGAUCAAAGAUGGCCAGCUGCAGCAUACUGGAGACUGUUCCAAGUUCUCCUGUGUCACCCGUACGAAUUGGCGCACACGCAGUGCCUUGCUUCAAGUUUGCCAGGCCAUCCGAUACGAGGCGACGCCCACAUUCUACCGAAACAGCACCAUCCACUUUCGCAUCGACAAACACAACUACAAUGGUCUCGUUGAUUGGCUCCACGAAAUUGGCAAAGAGCAGGCCCGGCUGAUUCCAAAGCUCGUGAUCACGUGGGAGCCGACUCAGCAGUCACUGGACGCUUUCUCAACUACAGAUCGCGCGAUUGAGGAGGCAAGAGAUGUUGUGGCUGAAGAACGUCUGCAAGCCUUUCUAACCAGGCACCACUCGUCUUCCCGCCGCUUCCGAGUGUCAUCUCUAUCCAAGCAAAAGUGCUUCAUCCUCCAUAUACAGCUUCAGGAAAUGGCUUCAAACGAGACUGCUGCGCAUCAAGAGGCCAUUGAUGCAUUGGAGCGAUAUGUGCUGUCAUACGGGAUAGCGCGCGAUGCCAUUGUGCUGGGGGAAGAUACCCACCAGCGACUCUGUCCGGAUCUACUAAAGGUGCAGUCGGACUUCAUCUCGACUCUCAAGCGGAGACUGGGCCUAAUCAGAAGCGAUGAAGGCAGUUGCGGUCGUUAG